UCAAAAUUUUGCAGAUGUGAUUUCUCUUAUAUUUCUAGAGAUGCUAACGGUGUUGUGCAUUUCCUAGACCAGAAGUCCUGGCUCUCUAACAAGUAAAACAGUUUAGCCAAUUUCCACUCCUUAACUUUGGAACCUUCGUAAUCAGGAAGCCUUGAGCUCCCCUUGUCCAUUACUACAAGGGGAAAGAAAAAAAAAAUGAUAAUUAUUCCUUUUUUUUGGGAGUGAUUCUGUAACUUGCGGCCAUUAGUUAGGCCCAUUACAACUGUAACAAUACAGAUGGUGAAGUGGGUCUCGGACUCUAGUCCUCAACAGUCAACAGUAACAAUAAGUUUAGCUCUUCUGCAAGUCGGUGAAAUGGCUUAAACAUUCUCCGAAGUCCAGAUUGGUAAAAGGCGCAGAUAUCCUCUGAUUGUAAGCUCUGCUUGCUGGAUUGUGGAGAAUGGGCUUCAAUUCUUUGAAUUGGUCUUGAUAGUGGUUCUGUUCUGAUGUAACUGUCUGGUUCUUCUUGGGAAGUUAUGGAGCUCAAGAAAGAGAAGACAGUGAGGUUUUAUCCUGAUGAAAAACAACAUUCUGAUGUGCUAUGGGAGAGAACUGAACCCCUGCACCUUCGAACACCCUCACCCCUAUACAAGAUUUCAGCUCCUCUGCUGAAAUCUGAUGGCCUAAAAUCUGAUGACCAUGGCCUUAGCCAUGAUGGAGUUUUAGGUGGAGGUGGUUUCAGAAGUAAAAUUACUGGGAGCUUCAACCUUGGAAGGUCUAAAGUCUUUCCAGAGGAUGACGAGCCAUGGAGGAAGAAGAUACUUGACCCAGGCAGUGAUAUUGUCUUGCGAUGGAACCGGAUUUUCCUGUUCUCAUCCUUGGUGGCUCUGAUUUUAGACCCAUUGUUUUUCUACCUGCCUUUGUUAGUAAGUGAUGGGAGCGCACCACCUGGGACUGCAACCUCAACGUGUAUGGAGACGGAUUUGAAUCUGGGGAUUGUCGUGACAUGUUUCCGAACAGUUGCCGAUCUGUUCUAUCUGUUGCACAUCCUCAUAAAGUUCCGGACAGCAUAUAUAGCACCUAUAUCCCGGGUGUUUGGGAGGGGUGAACUUGUAAUGGAUUCUAAGAAGAUUGCAAAGAGAUAUUUAAGAACAGAUUUCUUCAUCGAUCUGGCGGCUACACUACCUCUCCCACAGUUUGUUAUCUGGUUUAUAAUACCAGCACUUAAAAGCUCCCACACUGAUCAUACCAACAAUGCCCUUGCACUCAUUGUUCUGAUACAAUAUGUUCCAAGAUUAUAUCAAAUAUUUCCGCUGAGUGCCGAAAUUAUUAAGGCUAAUGGAGUAAUCACAAAGACUGCCUGGGCUGGGGCGGCAUAUAAUCUACUGCUGUACAUGAUAGCUAGUCAUGUUUUAGGGGCAUCAUGGUACUUGUUGUCGAUUGAGCGAUAUACAACAUGUUGGAAAACAGAAUGCAGAAAUGACAUAAACUGCAGCCUUAGUUAUUUAGACUGUGACUCUUUGCAGAAUAAUAAUCGCGUGGUUUGGGCAAAUGGUACAGUUGUGUUUGCUAACUGUGAUGCUACCAAUUCAAAUAUCACUUUCAAUUAUGGCAUGUUUACGAAUGCAUUUACUAAUUAUGUGGUCGCCUCAAAAUUCCUCGAGAGAUACUUCUAUUGUUUGUGGUGGGGGUUGCAAGUGUUAAGUUCAUAUGGGCAGACUUUGCAAACAAGCACGUUUAUUGGGGAGACUUCGUUUGCUAUACUUAUUGUCAUUGUGGGUCUGGUCUUAUUUGCCCAUUUGAUUGGAAACAUGCAGACCUACUUGCAAUCCAUCACGGCAAGGCUUGAGGAGUGGAGACUUAAACGACGGGACACUGAAGAGUGGAUGAGGCAUCGCCAACUCCCUCCAGAUUUGCAAGAGCGUGUGCGGAAAUUUAUUCAAUAUAAGUGGCUUGCAACGCGAGGAGUUGAUGAAGAAGCUAUCCUUUGUGCCUUACCAACUGAUCUCCGUCGAGACAUCCAACGCCACCUAUGUUUGGACCUUGUUCGGCGGGUCCCCUUUUUCUCACAGAUGGACGAUCAACUACUAGAUGCCAUAUGUGAGCGCCUUGUAUCCUCCUUGAGUACUGAAGGCACCUACAUUGUUCGUGAAGGUGACCCUGUAACUGAGAUGCUCUUUAUAAUCCGGGGAAGACUGGAAAGCUCUACCACCAAUGGGGGGAGAACAGGUUUCUUUAAUUCUAUUACUUUAAGACCAGGUGAUUUUUGUGGAGAGGAGCUGCUUGCAUGGGCUUUGCUUCCAAAAUCCACUGUUAACUUGCCUUCUUCCACAAGGACAGUCAGAGCCCUUACUGAAGUGGAAGCUUUUGCUUUGCAAGCAGAAGAUCUCAAGUUUGUGGCCAACCAGUUUAGACGAUUACACAGUAAGAAACUGCAGCACACUUUCCGCUUCUACUCUCACCAUUGGAGGACAUGGGCAGCUUGCUUCAUACAGGCUGCUUGGCGUCAAUACAAGAGGAGGAAGUUGGGAAAGGAUCUUAGCAUGCAGGAGUCCUUGUCUUUCUCAUAUUCAUCAGAUGUGCAAGAAGCUGUUGAGACUGGGGACAAGGGAGAAGGCUCUACUGCUGCUUUGGUGGGUCCCUCCACAGCAGUACAAAACCUUGCUGUAACAGUAUUGGCUUCAAGGUUUGCUGCAAACACAAGGAGGGCAGGUCAGAAAAUCAAGGGUGUUGAGAUUCCCAUACGGAAGCCUGAAGAUCCCGACUUCUUUACCGAGGCUGAUGAUUAGGUUACUCUGCAAAUGGUAAAAUACUAGCAAUGCAAAUAGAUGUCCACGAUGAAUCUCAUUUGAUCCCCCACCAAACGCCCCAAUACAAAACCACCUAGGGGAAAAGGAAAGAUUUUAAGGGGAAUGGGAAGGCUAUUCUGCCUGAGGUUUGAAGAUACUAAUAUACGUAAUGUUUCAUGAGUGACUCGCCUUUAGUAAGGGCUGUACAUUUUACCUGUGUAUCCAUCUUACUUUAUACACAGGUUUGAACUUCAAACUCUGGCCGUAAAACCUAUUGUUUCAUCAAGUAAGAUGGAUACACAGGUAGCUUUUCAUUUGAGAUGUUGGCAGAAUAUUUAUGAAUGCCUGUACUCUAUUGUACUCAUAUUUCUGUUUUUUUCACAGGUUAUAUAUUUUUAAUAAAUUUUUUUCCUUCUAA